AUGUUUUAUUCACAGACAUUUUUGGCACGAAAAGGGCCACUUUCCACCGUGUGGAUUGCCGCACACCUCCAACACAGGCUCAAGAAGUCUCACUACACCUCCACCGAUAUUCUCUCCACUGUUGAUCGUAUCAUGGAUCCAGAGGUUCCCAUAGCCCUGAGAAUGUCAGGGCACCUUCUCUUAGGAGUUGUUCGGAUAUAUUCGAAGAAAGUUGAUUAUCUUUAUCAUGACUGCAAUGCGGCUGUGAGUGCUUUGUGCAAAGCAUUUGGUUCUAUGCCACUUAAUGUACCAGAGGAUCCAAGGAAGGCACCAGUUCAAUCCAUCACCUUCACGGGGACACUUAACUUUGAUGAACUCAACUUGGAUUAUGAAAUACAUCAUAAUGGAGUUGAGGAUACUCACGUGAGGAAUGAAGACGAGAUCACCCUAGCAGAUCGAACUCAUGAUGGAAUGGAUCAUUACUUGACAAUAACAACUUUUGAUGAGGAGGACAUAGUGAUGAAUUCUUCACACACAGAUGUGCUGCCAUAUUCAGGGGCCAGAUCCAUGGAGGAUGAGUAUAUCAUUCAAGAUGGUGGUCCAAGUAUCCAGAGAGAAUCACCUGUUACCCAGCAUGUUGGUGGUGACCACUCUCAUAACUUUCAGGAUAACAGUCCUCCACUAGUUACCCAAGUCAUGCCAAUUGAAGUUCUUCGUCAUCACAACAAUGCUUGUAAUACUGAAAAUUCUCCACUAAUUCCGGAUUUUGGGGAUAAUAAUACUGAACCAAACAAAGAACUUGAUCAAACAAUGAGUGGAAAGGAUCAUAUUCCUGAGAUAGUUGAUGAUUUGGAUUUUAACGGGAUGUCUGCCCCAUCUCAGGCACAACACCAUUUUGGAUCACCAACUCCCCUUACUUCUCAAGGGGCUGCCUCAGAACCACAACUUUGUGUAGGGCCUAAUUCUCUCAAUCUAGUGCUUCGUGCAAGUCCACCAAUUCAGCAGCCGCAACGAAGAGGAAGGAAGAGAAAACCAUUCUUUGAUGAACCCAUAGUUUUGUCAAACAGCUUCAUAAGGAAGACGCUUAGUGAUACUCGUGAUAUACUGCGGAAGAGAAAGGAGGUUCCUUCCUCUACUUUGGAUACUUUUAAAUUGAACAACAGUCGAAGAAAGGAACACAUUUUUGACCAGCCCUUAUUAACUGGGCUUUGCAAGGAUCUAUUAGAUAUAUCCAGAAGGGAAUAUAUAUGUUCAAGACCCAAUUUGGUCAUCAAUGAGGAAGAUAAUAUGGAUGCUGGGAUUGCUGGAAUUCCUCCAUCAACCAACCAAAUUCCCAAAGAGACAAGAGCUGCUACACCUCCUCCUGUUAAUGCAUCUGAUUUGGAAAUUGAACACCUUCGUAAUAGUAUUCUUGCUCCCCAUCCCACUAUCCCAGCUUGCAAUGUGGACAUGGAAUUCAAUAUUGAAGAUGAUCGUAGGAGUCCUGUUAGAAAUGAUGAAUUGACUCCUGUUUCAGCUAAAAUCUUAAGAUCUGUGUCACUUUCUUCUUUGGGAACAAAUAUUGCAUCUGAGAUAAUGCAGACAUCUGAUUUACCAGCAUCAACCGGUAUUCGUGGAUUGGAGAUGGAAACACCAAUGACAAAUUUGGAUGAUACCUUUCAAAACUUUGGUCUUUCAGAUACUCAUCAGUUAAUCAAUUCUGCUGAAACAGAAGAGCUUGGUUUUCUGGAAAUGGAGAACAAUACGUCUGCCAGUUCACAAGGUACAAGUAAAAGUAUCAACGAAUUGUCUGUGAGGACUAGGGCUGCAGCUCAAUAUUUGAAAAGACAUUCUCCUAUUACCCCAAUUUUGGAGGAUCCUGUUGGAGAUCUUAGCUUGAAUAAAAUCUUGGAAGGAAAAACUAGAAAGCACUCUGCUCGUAUGUUCUUUGAAGUAUUGGCUUUAAAGACUCAUGGACUUGUUGAUGUACAACAAGAAGAACCUUAUGGUGAUGUCAGCUUGAAGUUGACUCCUACGCUUUCAAAUGCUCAAUUUUGA